AUGGCAUCUAUUAUUCGUAAUAGAAACCUUAUAAAAUCAUAUGAAAAAAUAAAAAAACCAAUUACAAUAACACAAACUUCAUUAUUUUCAAAACAACAAUAUAGUAAUAAUAUUAAAUGUAACUUUUCAAGUAAUAAUAAUCUAUUUAAAAAUCAAAAUGAAAAUGAAAAUCAAACAAGUAUUUUAAAUAGAUUUUUUAAUAAUGAAUAUAUAACAUCACCUUCAUUCAGUAUAAAGUCAAUAAAAGAUUCAAUUUUUAAAUCAGAAGGAUGGGGUAAUUUCGAAAAAAAAGAAAAAGAAACUGGUAACGACAACAACAACAACAAAGGCAACAAUAAUAAUAAAGAUAAUAAAGAUAAUAAAGAUAAUAAAGAUAAUAAAGAUAAUAAAGAUAAUAAAGAUGAAAGUUUUAUGCAACAAAUGAAUUCACCAGAAUUUAAGAAAUAUUUAAUUACAGUUAUAUCAAUUGGUGUUAUAUUAUCACUUUUUAGACCAAAUACAGAAGAAGGAAACGAAAUUAAAUUUAGUGAAUUUUUAGAUGAAUUAAGUGAGAAUAAACCAUCUAAAAUCGUUGUCACUGAUGGUUAUGCAAAUACUUAUAAAUUAAAUGAUGAUGGUGUAACUUAUAGCAUAACCAAUUCUUUCAAAAUUGGUGAUAAGAAAGUAUUUGAAGAACAAGUUGAAAAAGUUCAAUCUGAUUUAGGUAUUCCAAAAUCACAAUUUAUACCAAUUUCAUAUCAUGAAUAUUUCGACCCAAGAGUAGCAUUGAUUCAAGUUAUACCAUAUGCAAUUAUUGGUUAUUUAAUUUUUAGAACAUUUAGAUCAAUUAAAUCAAAUAAAAUGUUUUCACAAGGUAAAAGUACAGCAAAUAAAUUUGAAAAAUCAACAUCAACUGUUAAAUUUAGCGAUGUAGCAGGUCUUGGUGAAGCUAAAGUUGAGAUUGAAGAAUUUGUAAACUUUUUAAAGAAUCCAAAGAAAUUCCAUGACAUUGGUGCAAAGAUACCAAGAGGUGCUAUUUUAGUUGGUCCACCAGGUACUGGUAAAACUUUGAUUGCUAAAGCAACCGCUGGUGAAGCAAAUGUACCAUUCUAUUCUACAAGUGGUUCAGAUUUCGUAGAGAUGUUUGUUGGUGUUGGUCCAUCACGUGUUAGAGAUCUAUUUGAACAGGCUAGAAAGAAUGCACCAUGUAUUGUAUUCAUCGAUGAAAUUGAUGCAGUUGGUAGAGCAAGAGGUAAAGGUGGUUUCUCUGGUUCGAAUGAUGAACGUGAGAAUACAUUAAAUCAAUUGUUGGUUGAAAUGGAUGGUUUUAAACCAUUGAAGAAUGUUGUUGUACUCGCUGCAACCAAUAGACCUGAUAUCUUGGACAAGGCAUUACUUAGACCUGGCAGAUUCGACAGACAAAUCACAAUCGAUAAUCCAGAUCUAAAGAGUAGAGAAGAGAUCUUUAGAGUACAUUUAGCCGCAUUACUUUUGGAUAAAUCAAUAAACUACGCUGAAAGAUUAUCAAAAUUAACUCCAGGUUUCAGUGGUGCCGAUAUUGCCAACGUUUGUAAUGAAGCCGCCCUCAUUGCCGCUCGUAGACAUGCUGAAAUCAUCACUUUGGAACACUUCGAUGCUGCCGUCGAUCGUGUUAUUGGUGGUUUAGAGAAAAAGAAUAAAGUUUUAUCUCCAACUGAAAAGAGAACAGUUGCAUAUCAUGAAGCUGGUCAUGCCGUCGUAAGUUGGUUCCUCAAACAUUGUCAUCCACUAUUGAAAGUUUCAAUUGUACCAAGAGGUGUUGCCGCUCUAGGUUAUGCUCAAUAUCUUCCAAAGGAGCAAUUCCUUCAAAAUCAAGAACAAAUCUUUGAUAUGAUGUGUAUGGCUUUAGGUGGUCGUGUAGCUGAACAAUUAACCUUUGGUACCAUUACAACUGGUGCUCAAGAUGAUCUUGAGAAAAUCACUAAAAUGGCUUACUCUCAAGUCUCAAUCUAUGGUAUGAAUGAAAAAAUAGGUCCAUUAUCCUAUCAAAAAGGUCAAGAUGGUUCUGAUUUAACCAAACCUUACAGUGAAGAAACUGCUGAAGUCAUGGAUGAAGAGGUUAGAAAAUUACUUAAAUCCGCUUAUGAUCGUACCACUCAAGUCUUACAAGAACAUAGAGAAGGUUUAAUUUCUGUAGCUAAUUUAUUACUUGAAAAAGAAGUUAUUCACUUUGAAGAAGUUGAAGCUGUCUUAGGUCCACGUCCUUUUAAUAAUAAAACUGAAGAACCAAAAAAUAUUAAUAAUCAACCAAAAGAAUCAAUUAAUGCUUCUUCAUAA